AUGCGACUGAAGGAGAUCAACUCCCUGAACAAAUCCUACGAUAAAAUGUACAGUUGGGAGGAGCAAUGUGAAGCCCUUGUAGAGAGGAUGUGGAAAAUGGUUCAUGACCAGAGCUGUGAGUUACACUAAAGCGUUUCUGUACUUUUUAAAAUCAAUACUAAAUUAAAGUUUUUCUCGAUACACGUUUUCGAGGCCAUAGCGAUAUCUUUCAAUCGACUUAAAAGUGAUUUUAUCCUUUUUCGAUCGCCCUGAAAUUUUCACCACUGAUUAACUGUGAAUUGAAGUUCGUCAACAUAAAGCAGUUUUAAGUAAAAUCGAUAUCACUAUGACAACAACAAACACUUUGAAAUCAAUGAAUGCCGAAUUUUGCGCGAUCUAGACCAGUUACUGAAAAGCUGACGUCAAGAACUUAACUAAAACGUGGUGUUUAGAAAAAGACCCUUGAGACAAGUAACAAAUUUGGAAUAUUUGAAUUCAAAUAGAAUGUAAUUAAACAUAUUUCAAGCCUUAUAUUUUCAAUAGCCGUGAUAAAUUGUUUGAUAAAAAAUUCUGAAUGGCUCAAAUUCAUCUGACGCUGCUUAAAAGUAAUAAUAGUCAAAAGUGAGAACCCGCGCGUCCGGCUGGCCGAAAAGUGAUUUUGGGAAUUUUUUUUUAUCGUUUUCAUUAAAAGCCCAUAAUUAUUACCCUUCAUAUCACAUAGGACCAGAUUUUUCUAACAGAAAAGUCCCGGCAUUAUAGAAUUCUCUUCAUGAAAACGCUUUAUAAUUCAAUGCUAUAAUUUGUUGUGCAAAGGAGGCGCGUGCUUUGAUCGUCGUGGAUAUUGAAUGAGUGCAAAUUCUCUUGCAAAAUUGUGAAAAAAACUGAAGAAUUAUAGGUUUAAAUAGGGCAAAAAAGAACAAAUUCUGUCCGAGGUCUGUAUGAUAAAAAAAGGGCCUUAUAGUACUGUUUACCUGAGACGUGAUGAGAAAAAGUAUGUUUAAAAGGCUGGUUUACACGCCACCAGAUUCGUCACCAAGAUUUACAGGCAGGUACAAAAGUCGGACCGGAUCAACUCGGACCGCCAGUCCGGGUCGGAUCAACUCGGAUCGACUCGGACCAACUCGGAUCGAAAAAAAAAAAAUAAAAAUAAAAUAAAAUUGGACUCGGAUCAACUCAGAUCAUUAAAAAAAAAACAACUCGGAUUAUAAAAAGAGACAAAAUCAGUAGGUAUCACUUAACUUUCACCCGCCAUUUUGUUUUUUUUCUCACGAACUCGUGAUUGCGUAAAUUAAUUUUAUUUUUAUUAAUUUUAAUGAUACACUAGUGAGCAGCACAUAAAUUUCCAGUAAACAUUUUCAACUUGGAAGGAGGAGAAACCAUGCUCGCCCGAGACAAAGGAAAUUUCCAUGCCCCGGGCAAGAAUCGAACUCGCGACCAUCCCGGUUCAGUGGUUGGAACGUUCGAUAAACAUGUAGUAUUCGGAGGGUCGUGAGUUCAAUUCUCGCCCGGGGUACGAAAAUUUUCGUUGUCCCGGGCAAGCAUGAUUUCUCCUCCUUCCAAGUUGAAAAUGUUCACUGGAAGUGUACGUGUGCUGCUCACUAGUGCAUCAUUAAAAUUAAUAAAAAUAAAAAUUAAAUUAAAUUUAUGCAACCACGAGUUCGUGAGAAAAAAACAAAAAUGGCGGGUGAAAGUUAAGUGAUACCGACUGAUUUUAUUUUUCUUUUUAUAGUCCGAGUGGUUUUUUUUUUCAUAAUCCGAGUUGUCUCUUUUUUUUAUGACCCGAGUUGAUCCGAGUCCAGUUUUAUUUUAUCUUUAAUUUUUUAUUCGAUCCGAGUUAGUCCGAGUCGAUCCGAGUUGAUCCGAUCCGGACUGGCGGUCGGAGUUGAUCCGGUCCGACUUUUGUACCUGCCUCAAGAUUUACUAGUAAACUAAACUUGUCGAACACAAAAAAUCCGGCCUGAUUUUUUAUUUUGGCCUUUUUUUUAGACAGAGGAAUGCAACGUGUAAAUUGGCUGCCACCAAGGACUAUCGUGGCGCAUGUGUUUCUUAAAACUAUAUUUCGGGGUUGUCCAAUUAUCCAUAGUCUCUCUAACGGAGCAAUGUUGGAGAGACUGGUUAAUGCCACAUUAUGAUGCAACAGCUAAUGCAAAUACAAUACACGAAUAGGUCUAUUUGUUUCCCAGGCCUAAUCUACUCUGAUCGAACAUGAUUGCUAUUUUUCGGUGUACAAAUAAGACUAUUUAAUAACUCGACGUAAAAUUUGUUUCACUCUUGGACGGUCAAAUUCUGAUUUUUCUGUAAAACCACUCAGCCUUUGCCUCAAAAGUCAAAUGAAUGUGCCCUGAUCUGUGGAUUACAAGUUUAUUGUUUGGUUUAAAUCAUGAAUUUAUUAACGGGAGCUUCGCUUUUAGCCCUGGCUAAAUCUAUAUAUUAGAGCUUGUAUGGAGACGCCAUAUUUGUGUACAGUUUUGGUACACAAAUAUGGCCGCCGGAAAUCAACAAAACCAUCUGGAGUUCACUUUUUCUAUAAAAGCUCUUUCUUUUCACUCGAGAGCUAGCAUACGUGCACAUAAACACAUCUUCUAUUACUAGAAAAGGUUAAACUGCUGAUAAUCAGGAGGAGAGACUUUUUUUCAACGAGACAGCAUUCCUAUUUUGGUGUCACGCACUGUGAAUACUCAGAAGUUCAAAUUGCUGUAUUUUCGAAAUGAAACAUGCUACGGGACUGGAAACUUGUAGAAAGAUUUAUUUUUUGUUUAUCUUCAACCUAGGGUAAAUAAGAAUUCGUAAAACCUCGUUAUUUUGACUUUAUAAUUUGAUGACGUCACCGUGAAAACCAUCUAUUAGAUUAUGGCCUACAAUGGCUCCACUCGUCAGGUACCCUGCGAGGAGAGGCCCUUCGAUCUUCCUAGACAAGAAUUAUCUAGGAAGAUCGAAGGGCCUCUGCUCGCAGGGUACUCGUCAGGCUGACGGAACGCAAUAACUGAAAUCUUUAUUCUAGAAUUUUAGAAGUUUAUUUUUAGUGAUCUUCUACAACAACAUGCUGAAUCACAUUUUAGAGGUACUGUCAAAAUUUUCUCGUUACAAGAGCUUGUUAUAUCUGUGGUAAAAGUAGCUUUUCUUGCGAUUCAACAGUGAAAAAGUUAUUGUGCUCAAAAGAGUUGUGGCCGGACUGUGAGAUAAACGUACGUGUGUCGACCAUAAAUUAUAUAUUAUCGUCUAUUAAUUAUCUCUAUUUAUUGACUGAAGGCCCUAGCAUUUAACUGGGCAGCCUCAAGGCAGGCCCAGUUCAUGAAAUCAUAAAUGGUAAUGAAAUCAUAAAAGUAACCCAGAGGGCGUUGCGUGAUCCAUACAGCCUUCGCACAGUCUGUUUCUUUAUUGCAACACACUCCUUUUUGGAGGUCUAAAUUUCGGAUUAGGAUAAAGAAGACUCGUCCGACGAAAACAGGAACUUUGAGAAUUUCCCACACAAGUUCAUCUCAUGGCCUUAUUGGCGAGAAUGCGAAUAAGCGGCGAAGCUUCGAGAACGCAAAGCUUCACCGGGAGCCUAAAUUACCAACUUGGGAUAAAUACAGCUGUAACAGAGUACUAAGGCUAGUUAUUUACCAAUACAAGCUUUGGUUACUUAGCAUCCUAGAGCUUACAGUUGUUCUCAUUAAUGUGGCCCAGAGUUUUCGCUUUUGUUUGUAUCUGUAUCAUUAAAUUUGUGCGUAAUCGAGUGUUAUGCUUCUCCUUAUUUCUAUGUCUCGGCCAAUUCGACAUGCACGAUAGUUAGCAUUAGCGAGUUUCUAUAAACUUUGAAAGUUCACAGCUUGCUUUAACAUGCACCUUUUUAUGUACACAACCUGUAUUUCACUGAAAAUGUUCUGAAUACAUACACUGUAUAUGUGAGGAGGUUAAGUAAAGUAUAUUAAGUAUAUGUAGGGUUUUAACUAUUUUAAGGUUAAUUAUUGAACGUCGAGAUGAAUCGCUUGAACAAAAAAAAAUUUUGAAUUUGUGUCAUUAGCACUUUGACCCUAACUCAAAUUACCGUAAAAAAAAUCCGGCUGUUAUCGACCGGUUUGAUCUAAAACCUGUGAGUUAUCCUUAAACUUUUCGAGGCUGCACAUUGCAAACGAACUAUAGCUAAUUCCUUUUUUAAUGGGUUGAAGAAAGAUAACAAAUUAAAAGGAAAGAAUCUUGAAACGUACAAAUAUUUUUAUCUUUUGACAGGACAACAACUUUAUUUUAUAUACCAUACGGAAAAAAAUAGCUUAAAAGGUUAUCUAGCUAGAAGGUAUAAUAGUUUAAUAUAAUUCAGAAUAUUAACAACAACAACAACAACAACAACAACUUUAUUUGUACUCUACAUUGAUUUACAGUGAUAUAUAUAAAAAAAUACUAUAAAAUAUAGAGGGAGUACAGGUUGCCCAUAAUAACCAUUGAUGUUAAAGAGGGUGUUACAUGGAGGCACAAGUAUAAAACGCCCCCCAUGCACACCAUGUCUACUUAAUGAGACCAUAAAUCGUGUCGACCAUAAAUUAUAGAUUAUUUAACAAUUAGUACAUGCGUCAGUGUGAGUAUGUCGAGAUACUGAGGACGCGGGAAGUUUGGAGAGCACGAGAGAGGCGUAAGAGUUGCUCGAGGCCCACUCGAAACUGAGAGAAAGUAUAAUCAAGACGCUUAAGAUAACAGUCAAAAAGAGUAUAAAAUCGAUAUUGAGGUGCCGGAAAACUAUUAAAUUACCAAAAAAUUCUUUUUGAAAGAAAUAACUUUGCGAAGAAUGAUUUCUACACGCCAUAGCCCGCACAGCUCGGGAGGAUGACACGCAGCAACAACACUCACCUCUUUCCUCUACUAUCGGUUAGCAAAUUCAAAAGUUUUCUCUUAAAUUUACGUUUUUUACGUUAUACAACACAUGGUUAACGCUUCAUCGUGUACUGUUGAGUUAUUGAUGCACUUGGGAGACGUUUUGGGAGGAUUGCUAAGCUUACAAGAACUCGAGGUAUAGUGUUUUGACGUCAUCAGAGUGCUCAAUGGGAGUAUGAAGCAUGCUCGCGCAAUUGAAUUUGAAUAGGCGAAAAUUCUAGCUAUGUUAUAACGUCUAUUGAUCAUCUCUAUCAGUCUCGGUUGAAUAGGGUCGGUGUAUCUUUGAUGGGUGUUAUAGCGGUUGUUUUCUCUUAAAAUCUGUUUGCUGUCUGUAAUUCUGUAUAGUAUAGGUUGUUGUGAACAGGCUUCCGACAAAUAAUCACCCUCGAUAUGGUUGUCUACAUUAAUAUAUUUACGAUCACAGAUUUGCCAGGUUCUCUCGCGUUUCGAUCUCUCACUCAACCUAAGCGUUAAUAUUACAUUGUUACGAAAGUCUUCCGAAAGGGUGCAAUGUUCAAAUGAGUUGAUCAUGUUUCACUCUCACAUGAGAUUCUAUGUCACUCAGUUGUCGGCGGUAGCCUGUGUACAGCCGCCCCCUCCCCUCAGAAAAAAUCGGAGAAGGGGCGAUUUUAUUUGAGGGGACGGGGAGGCUAUACCGUUUUAUAGCAGCCCAGUUAAAGUUGCUUUUCAACGAAUCUAGGUUUACUAAAACUUGCCUCUAGAAAGAAAGUGCUGUCACAUUCGUUUACCGAGUUUUGUUUACCAUGUUGUUUUCUUGUUGUUAUUUUUGUUUUGGUGUACUUAAAAUUCUCUGUAACGCUACAGAAAACGGAAUGUCUACAGUUUAUUAACUGGCUUAUCCCCAGCGCACGCUAGACUGACGUUGGCUUUCGUAGAGAGUUCUCUUAGAGUUUCUUUUGCCGCCUCGAGCAACGUUUCCUGGAGUGCAUCCUGUAAAAUCCUAAGAAGGAUGACGUCCAGUGGGAGAGUAAUGUCACGAAUAUGGGUACCCUUCACAGUGCCACAUACCUAUAUAUGUUAUGGUUUUCAAGUCUUUCAGCCUCGGAUCCAGAAAACUGAUCAAUUGGUUGAAGAUUUUAGUCUAGACUAGGGAAACAGGGAAUUGUUUGUUACUGUUAGUCACUGAAGAAUCAAGAAUUCGUAAAUAGUUUAGGUGUUUGACGGCAAAGGUUCUGACCAUGUCAUGAAUUGCCUGAGUCGACAUUUGAUCUUGUAUUCUGAAGACUGUCUUAGUGAGGGCCUGUUAUUUAUUAUUUAAUACAGGGCUUUCAGAUGAAAGUAAGCGCAUGUCAAAACUUGAGUCGCCUGUUGACACGUGUAGAGAAGCAACUAAAACGGAAAAAGGAUCAUUCUUAAACAAGGAAAACUCUCCAACGUACACUUCAGGAUCCGUCGGCAGUCCAGGUACAGAGUUACAUAGUGCUGCAUUAAACUAGCGGAGGAUUAAGGGCCUGUUUACAUGGAGUUGUGGGCCCCAGAUAGGUGAGUUAACAUGUGGCGGGUCACCUCACUUAUCAUGUAAACGUGAUCAAAUCAUAAUGAGAGAUAUAUAUGGACAGGCGGGUUAACCCACGUAGGCGAGUUACCUCACCUGCAGGGAGUUCUCCACCUCCAUGAAAACCUUCCCUUAGUCUUGUUGUUCUACUAGAUUAAGUAAAAAUUUUAAAAAAUAUGUAAAUUUCGAAAUUAUGGCUGUCAAAACCUAAUUGGCAUGAUAACGUCAAUGUUGACAUACACAUCACAAAGGCUUUUAAAUGUCCCCGGAUAAAUUUUAGGAUAAGUCGUCCUAAGUCUGGUGGUCAUAGCUUAAACGGUUUAGAAGCUGUUCAACUAUAAAGUUAAAAAAGGCCUCAAGAGCCCCCUCGCCGGCCUGAAUUUGGGAUUAAAAACUUUAGGCCUUGGAAAGCGACCGAAAAAUGUCUUAUAUUUCUUCAGUGUGAUAAGCGGAAGUAAAGUGCUUGUCGGAUCAUAUAGCCAUGAGUACUAUUUCUCAAGGAACACAGAGAAAUACAUGAUAUGCGAAGAUUACAGUUCUAAAAGAAUACAUAAAUUGAACUUAUCGCAAUAAGUGAAUGUUUUGAAAUUUAUUAUGAGUACAGCUGUAACUUGAGUUACCUAAAAAUCUGAUGAAAACUGUUUGAGCAUCGCAGCUUUUCUAUUGACCAAUUUUGUAGGUAGAUCCCCAAACUAAGUUACAGUAAUAUUCGACAGUAAUGCAUCAGUCAAUUCCACCUGCGCCAAGCUCCCCCAGGCUACUGCGGGGCAUUUGCCCGCCUUGUCCCUAGCUUUGACACGCACGCGGUUUCCUAUCAGAAUACAACUACACAAAAGGUUCUACUGGAAAAAAAAAAGCAGAUUAGCUCAUUUGUCAAGGACAGGAAUAAAUUGAAGAUGGUUGUAAAGUCAUGUUCUCGAUUUUAUGCGUGCAUUUCUUCAUUGCUUAUGAUAGCGAAAUUGGAGCUAUCGAUGUGAAUCAACGUUUUUUGGCUGUUGAUAUUAUUUGAAGAACAUCCUUUCAUAUUUAUAAAACUAUUCAUAUCAUAUAACUUUACAGCGCUCUAUUAAUUUUAAUGUCAAUAAUUUUAUAUCAAUACUAAACCAUAAACUGGUGCAUGUCGUUGCAGCGUGAAGUCUUGAUUAGAAUCCUAGUGCUAUUACAAAGGAAGACGUUAACUGAAACAAAAAAUCGCACAUUAAAAUGCUUAAAAUGGCACCUUUCGACUGUGCCAUCAAUGAAAAAUGUUGCAGUGUUGACGGAGGACGGGGAAUUUGCCCUCUUUUUUCGUCCCCACCCCGGGGGAUUUGACAGCCCAAGAGGGGGGGCUGGGCGCAGCUGGAAUUGACUGAUGCAUAAUACGAAAGAAUCGUUAGCAAUAACUUAGUUAUUUGACUCGUGUGCUGAUUAGCAAAUUUUUAUCUUCAUUACGCGGACAUUCACAUAAAAUUACAGAUUGUGCCAGGCUACGCGUGUACAUAAUAACUGCUAAACAAUGAGAAUUCUAUUAAUAGUCCAUGAGCCAAAUCCUGAAAUGUUGCCAAAAAAUGAUUUUCGUAGGACCCUCUUUGGGACCAAGCUAUUUUGGUACCAAAUUAAAGCUUAUUGACUAUAUUUUAUGAAUUCACUUGUUGCCCGGCUGGCAACUUGCACGUUAGGGAGAUACGGCGGCGUUUUUAACGGGGGGAGGGUGGGGAGCAUUUUUUGUCUUAUGUACGUCUGUAUUAUUAAAAAACAAAUAACUUUGUAAGCGCCAAUCAAAUGUGGGUAAAAACUUGUAUUGCUUCUAGACAAGUUCAUUUAUUACAUUUCAUGUUUGUAUUUACACUGCAGAUUGCCAUGGCAACGGUUACUAUGGAAAUCCUUCGGUUAUUUGUGAAACACCAUUUUCUCAUUGUUUCGUUGCUAUUUUUAGUCAAAUUAUUUAAAAAAAACAAUAUAUAGUGGUAAAAAACUACAUGACUAUAGUGUGGUUUUCGUCUUAACCAAAUUGAUAGCGUUUACUUUUACAAAGCAUCCAUGCUCUUUUUUUCGAGGGGUGGGUCGUGGGCAGGGCAACGCGCUACAGAGCGCCAAAAAUGCCCUAAAACGAUGUUUUCCAAAAAUUGACCAUUUUUACGACUCACUUUAACAUCAUUUGCUGUGGAAGUUAUUUUAAAUGUUUUACAUCUGCUAUAAGAGAUUAACUACCUUGCCUUUGUGUUGCCAUGGCAAUGGUUAUUGGUAAAAUAGGCUCAAGUAACAAACCAUUUUUUUCUACACAUCCGUGUUUGAAAUAGUGGGACCCAUUUGAAGAAUCUGAAGAACUUGUCAGCCUUAGCUCUGGAUGUACAUGUGUUGCAAGUAAAAGCAGUAGGCACGAUUUGCUCACAGCAAAAAAGAAGGGAACAGAAGCUCUUACAACUUUUGUGGAGGACAGAUUGUUGUCAAUAUCCAAGGGUUUCUUUGACACAGUUUCUAAGUUGAAGUUGGGCAAUUUUAGUAAUGCCAAGAAGUCGUCGUCGUUGUCUAAGGAAGGAAAGACUGUCAUUUUGAGAGCAGACAGAAAUCUCUUUGCACGAUUACUAGUUAUCGGCAAAAGUCGGAAAGUUGAUUUGUGAGAGUUGUUAGUGCACGAGCUUAGCCCUCUUCCCUGGUCACCGGCUUCAUGGGUCCUCGGCGAAAACCAAUAAAGCUGCUCUUCCCAAACUUUUUGAGGACGGUGUUGACAGCCUCCAACAUCUACCAGCUCAAACGUCAGCAGUCAUCAUGGAUCCAACGGCAAUACUACAGAUGCUCAGCAAGAUUCCAGACAAAUUUUCUGACUUGGGAGAGAUGGUGUUCAACAGAAUCUUGUUCCAAGCUGGAGAGGCAACAAGGGUGGACUUCGUAGGCGAUCAGUAUCCUGAAAUCUCAAUAAAAAACAUAGAGAGAGAUAGAAGAUGAAAAAGUGGCCAACUAGCCGUCAACAUCAAUGGCCCACAACAGUUGUGCUCACGUCAAUGGAAAAAUUUAUGUCCACUGGUAGCAAUAAGGAGGGUCUGCUGAACCUUCUUGUCCAUGAAUGGUCAACCAACUAAGCUUAUGCUCAGAAGAUUGGAAACCGUGUGUUGUACGUCACUCACGGAAACUUAACGCCUUUGAGGGUAGAAUGACCGCAACAGAUGCUGUGGAUCUUCAUAGCACUCAGGUAGAGGCAGAUACGAGGAUGUUUCUUCACGCCUCCCAUGCUUCUGCAGAUGGACAUCACAGCAUUGCAGUAUUCUCGUCAGAUACGGAUGUCAAAGUACUGGCAUGCCACCAUCAAGUAGCCAUUCCUGCCGAAAUAAUACUGAUAAGCGGCACAAGGAGUAGAUCGCGUUUGCUAAGCAUUAGGCGACUCUGUGAAAAGCUUGGACAUAGAGUAUGUCAGGUUCUUCCAAGUUUGCACGCUUUGACAGGCUGCUGAAUACUGUCAGCUCGUUUGUUGGAAAGGGCAAGAAAAAGGCGCUUGAAUUAGUCAAAGAUGACCAGAUUGCAAGGGAAACCAUUCCACUAGGUGAGCACGACAUCAUCAAGCUGGAGAAAGUAGUCUGCAAGUUGUAUAAUGAACACCAAUGUGACCGUGUCGAUGAGCUGUGUUACAAGAUGUUUUGUACAGGUAACAACAAGAGCCUCUUUGGAAAACCACCUCAAACGUGCAAACUAUCAAGCAUAUACAUCUGGAGGUGUGCUCUAGACCCUCAGUCUCCUGACAUAGGACCGGAAAAUCAAGGCUGGCAGCUGAGGGACGGUCAACUUGAGAUUGUAUGAACGGUCCUUACGCCCGCUCCAGAAGCCGUUAUGGAGUUAGUUUGCUGUGGGUGCCACGGCACUUGCCUAACAAGACGUUGUUCUUGUGUCAGCAAUGGGUUGCCUUGCACGGAAGCGUGUUCCUAUUCUGACCAAUGCGCCAACAGUGUAACAGGCCCCGAGGAUGAGGAUGAUGACGAAGAUGACGAAGAACGAGAGGACGAGUAAUACGCCUCAAAGAACAAAGAGCAAUUCAGUGAUUUUGCUGGCCUUUGUUAAUUAAUAUUGGUUGUCAUGGCAACCGAAGAAUAAGGUCGAGUUACAAAAGGAUUGUUAUAAAGAGACCACAUGCUGGUAAAAUACCAGUUGCAACCCUUUAAGAAGAAACUAGAGUCUAUACUACAAACCCGAGGAAAGUACAUUUGAGCUUCAUAGAUAUAUAACACUACAAUUAGAGUGGAGCUAAGGGACAACUAGGCUUUAUUUGGUCUAUAUUUCUUAUUUGCGAUAUUAAUAAUCUAAGUCAAAACAAGUCAUUAUAGAGUGAAAGGGACAGUAUCCCGUUACUGUGCAUGCACCAAACUUUGAUUUUCGGACAGGAUGUCGCGAAAUCAAAAGAUGCGAGGAGAGUAAGAGAACCUUAAAAAGUCCGUUUGCAUCGCGCUACGCCGAGUUCAAUACUACACUAAAACGUCUCAGGAUUACAGAUCAAUGAUAUAUUGUUCUCGUUAAGUUUCUAUUUGGGCGAAAUCGGGAUUUUUUGGCGGUACUUUUAUUGCCGUUGGCCGGAGGAUCAAAAGAUGGGAAGCGCUUUGAUGCGAAUUGAAGGCUUAUUUCUUCUGCAAGCUUCCAUAAAAGCUCAGAUAAUUGUGAACGGAAUACGCAGAAAAGAAACAGCAACAAUAAAGACUGUAAGAACGAAACCAUUGGGACGUUGAUGUGACUGAGGAGAUCUUCUGGAAUUAAGCUUCGUGAAGCAGAAUGUUUUGCAACGACGCGUUAGUAAACUUUUAAUCCUUAACGCCGACAAAAUCCAACAAACAGGCGCUACAUGUUUAGACAGACUAGUGCAAUGAAAUCAUAAUAUAAUUUUUGACUAACCUUUGCGAUGGUUCAUAGCGUUGAGAUUGCAUUUUUAUUUGAAUCUUUCAAACGUUUGAGGCUAAAACGCGAGCAAAUCAGGCAAAUAUUACUUCGAACAAUUGACCUCUGACACGAGUUUCACGUUAGAAAAGUUGUUUUUAAAGUGAGCGGAACGAGAUUUUCGGGUCGUGAGGAGGCCCUGCUAGCGAUAAAAUCGCGACGAGUCUUCAUGGUGCGAGCCAAAUUUUAAAUAGGACAAAAGACUUCUUUGAAAGUCUAAAAUAUCACUUGAGAAUGUAGACAACAAAUCUCCGUCGGUGGUGUGGUCAAAUCAAUAUGACAGUUCUGUUGUCUUUUGAAGAAAAAACAGAUGACGCUGGCGCAUGCACAUAAUCUGAACACUGUCCCUUUAAAGGACGCACUUUAAAAGUCUAUUUUUCCAUAUCACCGUUGCCACGGCAACCUAACUGCGAGGACAUUUGCAUAUGCAAAACGGUUGAGCUCAUGUCUCUUGCAAAUGACGUUAAAAUGAGCCGUUAAAAUGGUCAUUUUUUAGAAAACAUCAAUCGUUUUAGGGCAUUUUUGGCGCUCUGUUGGGCGUUGCCCUGCCCACCACCCACUCCUAAAAAAAAAGAGCACGGAUGCUUUGUAAAGGUAAACAGCUACCAUUAUGGUUACAAUGGAAACCACGCUAUAGUCACGUUUUUUUUUUUUUUCACCACUGUAUAUUGUUUUUUUGAUAGUUUGAUUAAAAAUAGCAACGAAAACAGUGAGACAAUGGUGUUUCACAAUGACCUAGGGAUUUCCAUGGUAACCGUUGCCAUGGCAAUCUGCAAUGUAAAUACAAACAUGAAAUGUAAUAAAUAUGAACUUGUUUAGAAGCAAUUCAAGUUUUUACCCUUAUUUGAUUGGCACUUACAACGUUAUUUGUUUUUUAAUAACACAGAACUUCAUAAGACAAAAAAUGCUCCCUACCCUCCCCCCGUUAAAAACGCUCUCCUAUCUCCUUAACGUGCAAGUUGCCAGCCGGGUAACAAGUGAAUUCAUAAAAUAUAGUCCAUAAGCUUUAAUUUGGUACCAAAAUAGCUUGGUCCCAGAGGGGGUACUACGAAAAUCACUUUUGGGGGCUUUGGCUCAUGGACUAUAAGGUUGCAGAAAGAAUUCACUUAGAUUUCGUUGUCUCCAUCUCUAAUUUGACCUCGGUUUUCAAAAAAAAAGCCUGCUAGUUCGUUUCAGAUUGACCUUACUACCUCAAACAAAUUCCUCUAAGUUAAUAUAUAGCUUGUGUUUCUGGGCUUAAAUUUUCGUGGAGGACAAGAAAAAGGGAAAGAAAAUGUGGUCACAGCCUGUGAAAUCCUAAGCUUAAAACGGCCAAUCAAAGUGGGCCAUUCAGCCUUAUUCCAGCUUGCCAUAUAAUAACAAAUUUAGUACUACUAUUGUGACAAUAUUGGCCAAUAAUGGUAUAUUGUAAUCGGUCACGUGUUGGCCUCGUUUUCAUGAAUUACAGAGUUGUUGUUAAACCGCCAUCUUGAAGUGCUCUCUACUCUUGUCUCUUGUUGUUACAUGGUGGCAGCUGUGGCCGUUAACCAUGCUGAUUCUGAAAGUCAAUCUUCAGGACCGCAAGCUUUAGCUCCUGCUUUUCGACGGCCACAAGUCUCUCCUCCGCAACCUCUAGAGAUCGAAGGCGAUCGGGCCGACAAUUGGAAAAUCUGGAAACAAAGAUGGCAAAAUAACUGUAUUAUCACGGGCUUACACAGCCAACCUGAAGACUACAAAUGCGCCAUUCUUCUGCACAACAUUGGAAUAGAUGCCAUGCGAAUCUACAACGGUAUGAAAUUCUCUGAAGGCAAGGACCGCAACAAGAUGGCAGAUAUUAUAGCCAAGUACGACCAGCACUUUUUCGGUCAAACACAGGAAUUCUUUGAGCGUUUUCAGUUCAAUCGUAGAGAUCAAGCUUCUGGUGAGUCAAUCGAUGAGUACCUCUCAGUUCUGCGAAACAUAUCUAAAACUUGUGGUUUCUGUGACUGCAUGCGAGAUUUUUUGAUCAUGGACCGCCUGCUCCUGGGCAUCACAGGUGACAAAACGCGCAAAGAACUACUCUCCACUCAUGACAACUCUAAACAAGGCUAUUGAAAUCUGUCGAGGAAUGGAAGCUGCUUCUCAUAACAUGAACGCACUGAAAAAUGAGGAAGUUAAUAAGAUCAAAGACAUAUCGCAGAAGAAAUCAGGACAACAUAAACACUGGCAUAGAAUAAAGAAACCUCUCCAAAGUAUUGAUCAAAAAGCUUUACAGAAGAAGUGUCUCUUCUGCUAUCAAAUUAAGGCGAAAUGUGUCCAGCCUGGGAAAAAAGCUGUGUGGCCUGUGGUGAGAGAAAUCACUUCAAAGCCUCAAACAAGUGUAAACUUCAAAGCGUAAACUCUCUUGCUGAUGAUUACUCCUCGGACUCCCUUGAAAGCAGCACUGAGACAAUCAGCACUGUAAGAGCUUGCGAGGAUCCAGUUGUCAAUUCAGUAGAUCCUGGCAACCAGCUUAUUUUCUGCGAAAUGGAAAUCAAUAACAAGCCAGUCAGGAUGCAAAUUGACCGUGGGGCUACAGUCUGUAUCCUUCCAAAGUGUUACCUGGGGGACCUGCCUAUUCCUAUUCGUCUGCAGAUGGGGAACAAGAAAUCUUUAUCUGCUCUUGGCAAGUGUAAGGUGAAAGUAAGGAACCCCACCACUAUUGAGCAGUACAAAGUGGACUUUGCCAUUGUUGACAACGACCUCACACCUCUUCUCAGCAGUGUUGCUGCUCAAAAGAUGAAUCUUACAAGUGUUCAUUUUGACAAGUUCAAAGCAGUCAAUGUUGUCACCCAAGUCAACCACCCGUACUUCACACAGUUUCCUGAUGCAUUUAAAGACACCGGUCGUACCCUACCUGGGAAGAAAGUUCUCUUAACAACCAGUGAAGGUUCCACUCCUGUAAUCCGUUGUGCCCGCACCGUGCCUGAGUGUAGAAAAUAAACUGUCAUUGAUGAACUUCAGCGUCUAGUGGAUGCAGGCAUCAUUGUACCAGUGGAUGAACCUACUGACUGGGUCAGUUAAAUGUCUGUCGCUGAAAAGAAAUCUGGAAUUCGUAUCUGUAUUGACCAAAGACCUCUAAAUGAAGCACUUAAGCGGUAACACUAUAAGCUCCCCACUCUUGAGGAUGUCCUCCAGAACUUAGCAAGGCGAAAGUAUUCUCCGUUUGUGACCUCAAAUCUGGCUACCUUCACUGUGAGCUCGAUCAUUCAUCAAGUUUGUUAGCAUCGUUUGCUACCCCUUUCGGCCGCGAUCAAAAAGUUGAAGUCUCACCUGGCGCGUUAUAGUAUCCCCAAAAAAUUGGUAACCGAUAAUGGCCCCCAGUUUACAUCCAGUGAAUUCAAGUCCUUUACAAAGAAAUAGGCCAUUGAACACACCACAACAUCACCGCACCACAGCAAGGCAAAUGGCAAGGUUGAAUCAGCUGUGAAAACUGCCAAGAAAAUGUUGCACAAGACGUCAGUCAUGAGAAGAUCCUGUACCUCAACAUCCGAAACACGCCAACUCAAGGUGUUGCCGGUAGGCCAUCACAGCGUCUCCUAGGAAGAAGGACAAGAAGCCUGCUACCGUCCCCAAGAUCACUCCUAGAACACAGAAACCCCCAAACCUUAACUUCAUGAGAUGGAACAACUCCAGUUAAACCAAAAGAGGCAGCAAAGGUGUUAGAAUCGGACAGCCCAUAACCUUCCAGGCCAGAACAUUGGUGACACUGUCAGAAUAAAGCCAUUUGUGCUGGGCAAACAUGAUUGGGACAAGGGAAAAGUGACAAGGCGGUUAGAUCAGAGGUCCUAUGAAUUCCAGUUCCAAGGGACAACACCUGGUCAAGAGCCCUCCUGCACAUACACAGCAUAAGGCGGCCAAACAAACAGUACCAGACCCACUACCUCAAGCCCAACAAAGUCAAAGACGCCAGAUUGCUAACCACAAAAACUAUGAACAGCGAUACAGGCUGCUGGAAGCAAAGCAAUCAUCACCUGUCCGCACUCGCCCGGGACGUGUCAUCAAAGAGCCAGUUAGAUUCCAAGACUAUUUUAAGACCAAGAAUCGUUAUUUUAUUUAUUACCAGGAACUGAGACUAUAUUGUAAUCGGUCUCGUGUCGGCCUCGUUUUCAUGAAUUACAGAGUUGUUUUUGAACGGCCAUCUUGAAGUGCUCUCUUCUCUUGUCUCUUGUUGUUAUAACUAUGUCCUUGUUAAUUGUGUCUACUUUUUCUUAAUUUCAGGUUCUAACGGUGUCCUUGUGAAGCUGACUGUCUCAGCCCGAGAGCUUAGUAAGGAGCAGCAAGAAAAAAUCGAUGAAAUUUUGCAACUUCACGUACAAUUGUACACAGAAAAUCAUAAACUCUCCUCACCUAAUGGCGUCCGUGCCUUUGUUCAGCACAUAACGCGGGCUUACAACCUGGCCGUAGAGUCUGUGGAAAUGGGGUCUUUGAUUAUAACAGUGAAAUGCCCCACCCUAGAGAGUCUUGAGAGGCUGUGGAGUGACUAUCAAUCCGGUUGCCUUGAUGACAUCGCUGAGAUUUUCCUGUUGACUACUGACAUAAAGAGUAAACUUGACCUGGAUAUUGUCAGGUUCAAGAUAACUAUAGAAGAAGAAAACUACUUGGCUUUUAAGAGGGCUCUUUCAGGUACGUUGAGCAAUUUCAGUGAAGCCUUUUAA